AUGGCGUCCACCAGGUAUGGCAAGAUCGCCGAGGACGUAGAGCUGGGAGCGCGUCCUCGCACUGUACAGGCGCGCGAGGUGAAGUGGUCAGCGCCCGAUGGCGAGGACGACAGUCAUCGACAGGACCUGCAAUCGCAGCUGCUGACCCAGCUGAGAAGACUCAGCACUACACAGAAGGUCGCUCUUUGUGUGUGCAUCCUUGUGGCGAUAGUUUGGUUGCUCAGUUCAUCCUCGUCAAGCCCAGCAUUACCAGAGCCGAAGCCGAUGAGAUCCGGCGCUCAAAGACAUGCGGCACCAAAGCACUCCUGGGAUGACAUCACCAAAGGCUCUAUCUUGGAGAUUACCCGGAAUGGCCCACUGAUAGCCGUGGAUGAGAACGGACCUGUCUGGGGCCAUGAUAUUGGUCAGGUCAUCGCGGGCCAUCUGGUCGAGGCUGCAUCGGAGCCUGUGACGCAGGAUGGUCACACGCUCAUUCUGUUGGAGCCAGCCGGGGCUGUGGAGGCGUCCCGAGUCAAGAUUGCGGAUCCAGAGGAUGCGGCCCUCUACAAAUCUCAGCCAGUUGAAGGCCAGCAACUGGAAGCACACGAUUUCCAACCUGAAGCCAUACAUGAAGGUACUGUGCUGCAGGUGGUUCGCCAAGGGCCAAUUCUGCAAACAGACGUGCACGGUGCGAUCUGGGGAUCUGAAGCUGGGGAGGUCUUUCCAGGUCAGAUUCUUCACGCUGCUGCUGAGCCCGUAACCGAAGAUGAGCACACGACAGUGCUUCUUCAAAAUGGAGGUGCUGUUGAUAUCAGUUUGGUACAAAUCGCAGAACAACUCGCAGAGGAUGCACCCGUCGAAAGGGAGCAGGUCUUUGAGGAGCCUCCUGAGCCCUCUCCAGUGGAGCAUGAGGGCGAGCAGGACCCUCAUUGGGAGUCGGAGGGGGCGAACGAGCCCCCGAGUCCGCAGGAGAUGGCUGAAGCAGCAUAUCGAAGCAGGCAUGGUCUUGCGCACCCCGAGCAGCCAGCGGCAGACUGGGAAGCCGCUCCAGAAGGUCCAGGCCAAGAACACGGAGGAGAUGGGCCGAUCGGACACGGAGAACCGCCAGGAGGCUUCCAUGGUGACGGCGAAGCUGAAGCUGAUGGCAUGGCAAAGCACCCUGCCUCACAAGAGCUGGAUGCACUGGCCCAGCAGGAAAUGCAGGAGCACGGUUUCAACGAGCCGAAUUAUCCCAAUUUCCCUGCAGAAGGUGUCGAGCAUCCGGAUGGGCAGGUCCCAGAACCUGAUGCGCAGAAUUCGGUAAACGAAGCUGGCGACCAUGCAGAGCCUUACCCGGAGCCCCCACAAGAGGGAGCUCAGGGUCAGUUUGCCGGCGAUCACAUCGCCGACCCAGCAUCUGUGGACGGUGGUCAGCAACCAUAG